UUAAGUUCUGUGUGUUAGUGGUUCAAAGAACAUCUUCAUUUGACUGUUUGCUGUUGGUAUGAAGUGUUCGGUAUAGUGAGUAGGGUUCAGCUGGCUGUGGUUGAGCGAGCACUCUAGCUAUACAACCACACUAUAUACACAGGCCAACUGGGUUGUAGCUAUCAGAACAGACAGACCCACUCACAUGUUCACAAUGCUCGGUGUGUCAGGAAAGUAGUAACAUCAUUAUGGAUUUUAACACUUAAACCCCACACAUUUACAAGUUGACAGUGCCUUUGGAAUAUAUCUUUUUCAUUAUUGGAAAUUACCAGAAAAAAAACUUGGAUUAUUGUAGUGACUUUUGAUGGAUUGUGUUUGAAUCAGUUUGUAUAAGGAACCUUAUGGUGUACCAUUACAAUAUAUGUGAUUGUAUUGUCCGAAACUGAAUGAAAGUUUCGCGAUUUAAUGUGCUUUUUCUGAAGGAUAUUAACAAUGGGUGCCAAUAAUUCUCAAAUUCAUGAUCGAUCAUCAGAUCCGAGAGUUUUUAUCCAGCGAGGCGAUGCAAGUACCCGUUUAGAGUACCAUGGAGUCUGCUUCCAGGAAGGCAAGCCGUCUGCACCAGAUGGUGUUCCUUUUGUCAAGAACAUCUCCCAUAAUUGUCUUACUCUCAGCUGGCAGGCUCCCAGGGGAUUCCCUGCAAAAUCAAUACUUGCCUAUCAAAUCGAAGUCUACAAUGUUUUUGAGCAUCGUUGGAAGGUUGUAACUAAUUCCUGCCAGGGGACAAGCUAUGAUGUUAAAAAUCUAGCACCUGACACCGAGUACCGUUUUCGAGUGAGAGCUGAAAAUUUGUAUGGCCGAAGUCGACCCGGUCACGUUUCGCCUGUAGUGAGAACAAGAGACAUCAGUGAGAGUUCACAACAAACAGACAAAACAUUCCCUAAACCGCAGAAAAUCGUGCGUAGACACAGUCACCAUAUAAAAGUUGAUGGAGGGGUGGCAACGUUAUUGAAACGUACAGAAGAGAGUAAGUUUGAGAACCAUGUUGGAACAAUUCCAUUCAAGCGGAACAGCAGUCUGCGAGGAUCACUUCCUGUUCAGAGGCGUUCAGUCUCGGCUGUGUUCCCAGCGUCAAAGCGUGACAGUCUCAACAGUUUUCGUGAAUCUCGUCGGUCUUUAGAGGAGUCAUCCAUUGUGACAGGCGAUUCUUCGGUGGCCACUGGAGAUGAUGAAAGUGCAUCUGGCUCUUUAAGACUAAAACGUUUCUCAAAUAUGUCAACUUCUACAACAACGGAAGAAGAAUCUUGUAACCAAUCAACAUCUGCUUCCUCCAUGACUUCAAUUCCAGAGGAAGCCGAUGUGAUGGAUAAUUACACCAUUCCAGAGGAAGACGAUUUUCUUACUUGUCAGUUAAAUGUGGACGACUGGAAGUUAACCGGUCCAUGGACGUUAUCUGACAAUAACACAGUCAACGCAGAUAACUCGCAAUGGAAUUCUUCUCCAGCGGGCAAAAUUAAUUCUCAGCAGUGGCAAUCAGCAAAUAAUGACAAUCAGUGGAAGCCGCAGGAAGAAGAUCCCUGGAACCUUGGUUUGGACCGCUGGGGGUCACCAGGGGGAGGUAACUCUCAUUCGCAGGACAUAAUGUCGGCACCUUAUUCGGACGAUACUAAAAUUGCUUGGUGCUCCCCACCAUCUACAGACAGAGUUCAAAAAUCAUAUAUUUGUCAGGAGGAGACACCAGUUUGGAAAGGACAAAACAAUAACCAAAACAAUAGAAAUUUAAGUUCUUUCCGCGGAAUGUAUAACGAUGACGAUAUUGUGAUAAAAAAUUUGAGUUCUGAUAGCAAUGGGAAUUACUCAUUUGAUCCAAAAGACAGACAGUGCUGUAUCAUUGAGGAGGACGAUGAAGCGAUGGAUCUUGUGUCUGCUGUAUGAUGAAAAUUUGUGUUACCAUGGAAAUACAUUUAUAUUGAAACUUACCAAAUACCUAAGUGCCAUUCUCAUUGCCAUUGGUGGAAUGUAUAGUGCUUUACUUGACAGCACGAACCAAAUAUUGAAGAGUGCAUGUUUUAUCUGAUUGUUCAUAGGACAGGAAUUAACCAAUCACAAACCAACGAAAUAUAUGUGAUUUCAACUUUGAUUGGAUGAUGAACUGGACCUUCAGAUUUGUGAUAUGAACAUUUUCGGUGGAUUAAUUUAUAUCAGUACGGUUUUAAAAAUCGGAAUUUUUAUAUAUAUAGUUUAAUGAUGUUGAAUUGUAUUUUUAUAUUUUAUACAGUGUUUCAGCUUAGAGUAUAUUAAGGUACAUGAAAUGUCAAUCCUGGAAUGCGAAACUAUCGUGACUAUCUGUCUUAUUGAAAAUGUGGAAAAUACAAUUUUAUUUUAAUUUUGAAAAUACUUUGUAGGAGAAAUAAAAAAAAAAGCUGGUAUAAAAUUUUCUGAAAUUAGAAACUUAUACCUGAUAGAAGUUCUUUGACAAGCCUAUAACAAUAUUUUAUGAAACAUGCAAACAUGAUCCAUUUUAUUAUAUAUGCUACUAUUAAGAAAGGCAUACAAGUAUAUUUGUCUUUAAUAUUCAAAACGACAAAAUCAGAUGAAAUAUUGUUUUUACACAUUAAUCACAAACUGGAAAUAGAGCUGUUUAUACAUUUACUGAAACUGUUAAUAUUUAUAUGAUUCUCAUAUUUUCACUAUCGUUUCAUUUCUUUUUACAAAAUGUGUUCUUUCUAUUGUCCGUAUGUAUUGUUAUGAAAAAUACAGAAACUAAAACACUAA